AUGAACGUCAACCUGAAUUCCAAACAAGCCCGAGCGCUCAAUAUAUAUGAGUCCAGUGCAGGAUACUAUACAACGGGAAGGUCACUUAAAUAUAAACUGAAUGACCCAGAGGCACUGGUAGACCUUGAUGGAUUGCCUCGUCUGAAAGACGGUGUUGAUAAGGAAAAAUACAAAACUCCGGUGGGUUACAUUUCUAAGGGGCGAGCCAUCGCACCAGACGAGCUUCUGUAUGGUGUUUUCAACGUAAGUCCUGAUGAUUUGAAAUAUUUGACGAGAGAGGAAAUCAAGGGGCACACUGGCGUUGAUCUUCCAUCGUCCGAGUUACUAAAAUCUCUGCAUUACUAUUUCGCUGAACGUAUCCAGAACGACCCAACUAUCCCUGAUAGCCAGAAGGACACACUUUUCACGCGCUUCUGUGACGGUUCUGCUUUGCUGGCGAUGGGUGUCCUGGUUGAAAAAUGGAUUAACGAUUUUGUGGGACAGCAAAGGGAUAUCCACAAGCACUUCAUGGAGCUGGACGAGGUAGAAGAUUUGACAGAUGUUCUGAAGCGGAAAAGACGUUUAGAUUAUUACCGCAGGAAGAGACUGAGAAGACAUCCUGAUCCUGAUUUAAGUCGAUCGACCUGA